AUGGAAGGUCGUCACCUUUCCGAGUUGUGUUCUAAAGAUGAAGUCGAUCCAAUUUAUCACUAUCUUCGACAGAUAGCUCCAGAGACAGUAGAAUGGGUAGACAUUGAGGGUAAUAAAUGUGAUGAUGGUGUUAUUCAAUAUGUAAGUGGAGUUUGGGGGUUUCGAGAUGGGGAUGGUCGCACAGCAUUUCACUGGGCAGUUGCCCUUCGAAAUUAUAGUCUAGCGAACACUCUUAUGAAUGAACCCUACAGAUCUCCCGUGCUCAGUGAAGAUGAGGAUGGCGUGACACCCUUUAUGACAGCGUGUAUGGUGGGUGCACCCGAGAAGUUUGUGAGAUCGCUACUUGAAAAAAGUGUAGCAGUCUACAAUUUCUUUCUAAAAUGUCCUGUAUUGCAGCGACGGCCGUUAAAGGAGGGAAGUAAAGCUAAUGGUGAUAGGGGCCAGAAAGCCGAUAGAAACCUCUAUAGCAGUGGGGCAAACAUAGGGCAUGGUGAUAUGACAACCGAGGACGUUCUCAGUACUUCCAAUGAGGCGCCCAUUUGUGAAGAGUUUGUCGCUAAAUACAACAUUGUAAAUUCAGUGGACUCGUUGGGUAAUACAGCCCUUCUUCAUGUUGCUAGCCGCGGGCACAGUCAUUUGGUAGAUUUUUUAAUAAGAAAUGGAAGUGAGUUGAACCAUCAGAAUAAACAUGGUCAGUCGGCCCUUCAUCGCGCUGUUGGACGCGGCAACAUGAACACUGUUGAGAUUCUUUUGUGUGCUAGCAAACAGAAAAUCAAUAAAUCUAAGGAGGAGCAUCAGCGUUGGGUGAAUCUUCAAGAUGUUUGGGGUAAUACUGCAUUGUUUUACGCUUCCAUGGAAAAUAAUGAAGAUUUAGGACGUCUUUUGCUUCGGAAUGGGGCGGAUCGAUACUUGCGCAAUAAAGAGGGGAAGGAGUUUUGGGAGGUUUGA